ACUGGUUCUCCGCGCUGCACUCCUAUUGUAGUCGCGAGGUGGUUUGUGUCGUGUUGUGAACUUGAAAGCAGUAUUAAUUAUUUCGUGAAUAGUUACAAUUUGUGUAAAACGUUAUUAUUAAAGAAACAUUUUUGGUCUAUUUAGAAGUUGUGAAGUGAAAUGGAUCAUUUUAAAUCAUUGAAUGACCAACGAAGUAGCGAUGUUUAUUCUCACAAAUUUGAAGUGUUGAUAAAUGACAUCUAAACAAGGCCACAUGUGAAACAUUGAUAACGAUGGCAUCUUCUGGAGCAGCUAGUACUCGUCUCGGAGUGCAUUCCGGGAUGACAAACCAGGUUGGUCUUUCUAAUCCAGAUUUUGGAAUGGCCGUAGCCGUACCACAAACAUUUCAAUUACAAACUGUAAGUUGCGGCGACUCUUCGUCGGAUGCUAAUUCGCCUGACAUACCAAUAGUCAAAGCAAGUGAUAGACAGUCUCGUAUAAUAGCUGAGAAACACCGCAGGAGUCAGUUUAACUCUCAGAUAGCUCAAAUGAUGUCUCUGUUGUCUGACAUUGUUCAUUCCCAACGAAAAGUUGAUAAGACCAGUGUUUUGCGUCUUGCAGCGACGAAACUGAGGAAUGAACAUGUUUUCGGUGAUUCGAUCAAAUGCUGUCACCUCGAGACAUGGUCCUCUGCCAUAUUAAAAUUUUUUGAUCUCAUUGGGGGCUUCAUGAUUGCUAUAACUUGCAAAGGUCGUAUUUGCAAUGUUUCACCAAAUGUCCAAGAUAAGUUAGGAUAUUGUCACAUAGAUCUCCUUAGUCAAGAUAUUUAUAACUAUGUUCACAAUGAUGACAAAGAAAUUUUAAAAUUACAUAUAUUUCCUCCUGAGUUACACACAGGCUGUGAUCCAAAACUUUUAGAACAACAUCAUACCUUUCACAUUCGCAUCAUGAGAGCAGGGGCCCGGUCAGAUCCUCCGAGAUAUGAGCGUUGUAGAAUUGAUGGAGUGUUACGUCGAUCUGAUCAUGCUACAUCUGAAUGUGUUCAAGAUGAACAAACUAUAAGAAGACAAAGAGUAAGAAAUCAUCGAACAUUUUCAUCAAGCGGGAAUGAUUAUGUUUUCAUUGCUAUGGUUCAUGUUUUAUCAAACAACUUACCAGCAAGGAUGCUGCCUCCCACGGCAUAUUCUGAGUAUUGGACGAGGCAUUUGAUAGAUGGAAGAAUUGUGCAAUGUGACCAGGGUAUCUCACUGGCUGCAGGUUACAUGACUGAAGAGGUAACUGGAGCAUCUGCAUUUGUUUUCAUGCACAAAGAGGAUGUCCGUUGGGUUGUCUGUAUAUUACGCCAAAUGUAUGACCAAAGUAGGGAGUUUGGAGAGUCUUAUUACAGACUUAUGUCCAGAUCGGGGCAUUUUUUAUAUAUGAGAUCAAGAGGUUACCUUGAAAUAGAUAAAAAAACAAAAAAAGUACAAAGUUUUGUAUGUGUUAAUAGUGUUAUAGGGGAAGAUUAUGGUAGAAAGAUGAUGGAAGAAAUGAAGAGGAAAUUCUCUGUCAUGGUGAACACUGAGAGAACAGAAAAUGAAGUAGUGGCAGCUAUAGAUGAAGCUCCUGUUGAACAUCCUAAGCGUUUGGAGAGAAUUGUAAUGCAUUUAGUUGAACCACCAACAAGCGAAAGUGUAGAGGAAUUCAAAUUAGUACCACCAUCGAGAGAAAACAUAAUCUCGGCGAUUAAAAAUAGUGAGAAAGUUGUACAAGAAACUGGUGUAAGGUUUGACAAUCGCAAAAGGAAGAACUCAGACAGUGAUGACAACAGUGAACAAUUGAAACGACACAGUGGAAUAUCAGAAUGUUAGGUGUAACGUUCCUUUGAUUUGAUAUGUGUAAUGUUAACUUAUUUUGAUUCAUGAAAACAGCCUCCACAGGAUACUUUUAUUAUAAUUUAAGGUUUGCAUUGUAGCACAUAUGAAUGGAAGGACAAGAAUUUAAAGACUUGUUAAGUCAAUUUGUUGUCACACAUUGGCUGUAAACAGUUUUAUAGGAAACACAACUUUUUUUUUAAAUUGGAAUGUGUAAAUCCUUGUAUAUUCUGUGUCUUCAAUCAUUUCUAUAUGUGCCAAAUGUUGUUGUCAAUAAUGUAAUGAUGAGUACAAUUCCCAUUAUAGAUUUAUAAAUAUUCAUUGUCAUUUAUUAUGUUGUGUGCAAUGUUAUCUUUGUGAAAUAUUGACAUAUCACAUCUUAAUUUGAUCACCAUCAAGAAUGAUGACCAUUUAGAAAUUUCAAACAAAAUUGAAACAUAAUAGAUGUUUUUAAUCUGUCUAAGUUAGGUUCUGGUACAAUGAUUUUAUAUAUAUACAACCUUACUUGAGGUUAAGGGCUGAAUUGUGUAGAAUAUGAUACUUUAGCUGUAAAUAAUAUGUGUGCCUAAUUCACUAGUCAAACAGUUCUUCAAUGCUCUUAAUGCAUUGUAUUCUUGUAUUUUGGAUUUGUCUUCACAACUUCUGCAUUGACUUUAUUAUCAUAAUUCAUCGAAAAAUUGUAAUGACUGAAUUAUUUUAUAUUUUUGUAGUUUGUAGAUAUUAAGUGUAAAAUUAUAUGAUAUUAUUAUUUUUUUUUUUUGUUACUAUAAGAUUAUGUAAAACCUCUUUAUUUUAUGCUGCUGGCGACUUUGAUUAAACAUAACUCACUCCUCACCGCUGUUUAUUAAAAAAAAAUAAUUAUAACCUAUCUACUCAGCAGAAUUAUGAAAUGUUGAUUUUGAAAAGUCCAAAAUGUUAAAUAAAUUUUACAAUUAUAAAUAAAUAAAAAAUUGUCCAUGUUGUCUUUGUGAAUUAGUUUUUAUUGUAAUAAAAUUUUGUAUGGGUUAAUGAGUUUAACUGAAGAAUGACUGACAAUAUAAGGGAAAUCGAUUGGGGAUAUGAUUAAAUUGGCGAAUUUAAAACAGCAGGGUUGAAAUAGGAAUAGGCUGGCCGAUACAAUUGACAAUACUUGUCUCAUUGAAGCAAGUUUGUAUGAUAGCAGGGUAAAAUAAGGUAAGUUAUACAAUGGUUAGGUAAAAGUAAUAAUAAGAACACACGGAAAUGUUUACAAAUCGUUAUGAUCUGGGCGACAUCAAUAUCAAUAUUAACAUAAUAUUUAAGUUACUUUAAUAUUAUAUUUUUUUGUCUAUUAUGUUCAAUAGAACCUGUAUAUAUAGAUAUACUUAGAUAUAAUUUGACCUAAAUAAGUUUUCUAUGUAACCUACAUAAGAUUUAAAAUACACUGAUGUAGCUUUUAUACAUAAUAUAUGUGAUUUAGAAACUUUUAAUGAUCUGAAUGUAUCUAUAAUUUAAUGUAUCUACAUAAAAUACAUAAAUAGUUCUUGCCUUUUCUAUAAAUGGGAUGCAGCUAGGAUUACAUUAGCUUAACAUAUGUGGUACAAAGUGUUUUUUUUUUUUUAAAUAUAAAUGUAUAAGCUUGUGACAUAAUGGAUAAUGUCUCAUUCUUGUAUAGCGGCUUUCAUUAUGAAACAAAUAGUAACAGUUCUCUGUCACAAUGACUCCAUUCACUAAAAGUAUACAUGUGCCAUAUGGGGUCAUUCCUUUAUUCCAAUAAGAUGUUGGCAUUUACAAUACGUGAGCAUCAUUAGUAACAUACAUAUGUGUGAAAUCAUUAAAGUUAUUAUUGUAAAGAAUUCAUUGAAUACAUUUUAAUGUUUCACAUGUAAAAUAUGAUUUUGUCGCUUAUAUAUAUAUUAUGUAAUUUUUCUACAUCACUUAUAGGAAAAACAAAUAUGGACAUGUUGUAUGUAUAUCGCUUUUCAUCAUAUAUUGAUGUGUGUACUCCUAUUACCUAAGAUUGUGUGUAUUGGAUCAUAUAUGUUCAUUGAUUAUGUGUUUUCAGAAUAUUUUCAUUGUAUUGUACAUUAGAGUACAUAACUUUUGUAUGCUAAUGUAAUAUAAACACAGAGCUCAAUGUCGCUUGGAUAAUGUUUAUAAUUUAAAUUAAUUAGCUGUUCGAUUUGUUGAUUAAAUGUUAAUACGCCAAAUACGCACAUGAUCUCGUUAUGCAGAAUCCCCAUAAUUUUGUCACUUAAAUGAAUAAAUAAGGUUUUUUUUUUUAUUGUAAACGCUGAGGACAUAUCAGUAAAAUAAAAUUUUUUCGAGUAAAUGUGCCGACCAUACAAUAUUCGUGCCUAAUGGGUGAGAGGGAUUUUUUAAAGAGGUUGAUGUAAAUAUAUAAUUAAAAUGUUAAUCGGUGUUUGCAUGCAUCUCGUUGUAUUUGAAUGUUCGCAGUAAAAAAUAUGUCGUUUUUACACAAGUUAUUGUGUGGAUGUAAGAUAAUGGUUGUGAAAUUAUAAAUGUUCACGGUUACCCUUACCGCUAGUUCGUAUCGUCAAAAAAUGACUUUAAUCUUGCGACUAUUUAUAAAUGAAUAACUCCGAAAUCUAUUAAUUUUGACGAUGCAAAAUUCUUACUACUGAUUGAAUUUACAAUGGACACUUUUGCUUUGCAAUUUUCAUGAAGAAUAUAAGACUUGUCGCAAUCCGAUGCUUUUUUUGAGAUAAGAACUAAUGAUAGGAGUGCGCUAAUUUAAUUUCAUAUCAAUGCUUCGCCCUGUACAGCUGUAUUUAAACAGCCGACAUGAAAAUUAUUAUUUUUAAUUUUGUGAAUACGAAUAGGUUAUUUGAUGUUAAAUCUAAACUGAAGUUGUUUGCGACCAAAAAUUGUACUUUACAAUGAUAUUGUUUUAUGAAUGUAUUAAAAUAAUGAAAACUA